GAAAUAGAAUGUGCCAACAACCUCACCACCAACCAUAAUUAAGAAGACAAGGAAUAUGAUGUUGCCUUGAAAGUUUAAUGCUACAAAAUAAGAGAUAAAAGAUUCCCUUGUAUAGCCUCUGAUUUGGAGAUAGGAGAGAUCGUUUCUCCGUUUCAAACUAGUGAAAGGCAGGCGAGGGGGAAGAGAAGAUCAUGGCAAGAUGGUCUUGUUACAACGAUGUCCUGCCAUUCACAGCUAUGGUUGCAUUAGAAUCCGCCAACGUAGGCGUCAACAUUCUAUUCAAAGCAGCAACUUUGAAGGGGAUGAGCUACUACAUCUUCAUCGCCUAUUCUUAUGCUGUUGGCACCGUUCUUUUCCUCCCUUUAUCCUUCAUCUUUCCCAGUAGAGCAGUGCUUCCCCGGUUGAAGUUCCAUGUUGUCUCUAGAAUUUUCCUUCUUGGGCUUAUUGGGUUUUCAGCUCAAAUAUGUGCAUACAAGGGUAUAGAAUAUAGCUCCCCAACUAUGGCUUCUGCGGUCAGCAAUCUCACACCAGCUAUUACCUUCAUGCUUGCCGUUCUCUCCAGAUUGGAAAGAGUAGCCUUGAGAAGCUCAUCUAGUCAAGCUAAAGUCUUGGGGACCAUAGCAUCAAUAUCAGGUGCAUUAGUAGUUGUUCUGUACAAGGGUCCCAAAGUUUUUUCCUCUCCACGUGGGACAUCAUCAUCUGUUUUACUUGAAUGGCCCCUGGAGUCACCAGAAUCAAAUUGGGUCAUUGGUGGGAUCUUACUCGCUGUUGCCUAUCUUCUUUUCUCAUUCUGGUACAUUAUUCAGGCCCAAGUUAUGGUGAUAUACCCAGCUGAGAUAAUUGUAGCCUUCUUGUACAACUUAUGUGGGACCAUUGUCUCUGCACCAGUUUGCUUAAUAGCAGAACCAAACUUGAGUUCUUGGAGGCUAAGGCCUAGUGUAGCAGUUAUUGCGGUCCUAUACUCAGGAAUUUUCCAAACCUUUUCCUCUCUUGUGGUCAUAUGGGGCCUUCACUUGAAGGGGCCUGUCUACAUUGUAAUUUUCAAACCACUAUCAAUAGCCAUUGCUGCUUUCAUGAGUGCCGUUUUCCUAGGUGAUUCUCUGCAUGUGGGAAGUAUUGUUGGAGCAGUUAUCAUAUCUAUGGGAUUUUAUGCUGUAAUCUGGGGGAAGGCAAAAGAAGAACAAAGGAUUCACGAUGACUCUGGGAUAAACAGCUUGAAGCCCUCGUCCAGUGGUAAGGUUCCUUUGUUGCAAAGCCAUAAGCUGGAAGAUACGUAGCUGUUAGAACUUUGAGAUCAUUUUGAAGAUAUUUUUAGAGGCAAAAGAGUUCCUUGAAAUUUAUGUACGUGACAGAUGAAAAAUACAGCUAUGUCUGCCACAGACCUAGUGAAAUGAUAUAGUCUUCUUUUGUGUAAGAGCCACGUGGCUUCCAUAUCCUAGGAAAACUCUAGGUAGAUUAUGUUGCAUUAAAAAAUCCCUCCCCGUUAUGAUGAUGGCGUUAUGUAUAUGCAUUGUAAUCUGGCUUUGAAAUGUGAAAGUCUCAGUUCCCCUGUUAUUUGCAAGGAAAUAUUAGACAGCCAUUACUUUGAUCAAAAUAAUAUUCACUUA